AUGGCUACUACUGGUUUCUACUGGUGUCUUGUAUUGACUAACUGUUUGAGUCUUGUUGCAUCUUCUGUACUUCAAUAUAGUCAAACAGUUCCUAGUUCUGGUAUUGUACCAUGUCCUGGUGAUAGAGUAGUACUUAACUGUACAACUGAUGCUGGUCCUGGUAAUGAUGCUAUUGUAUUUUGGGGUAUUAAUAAUGGUGGAUCAGUUCUAUUAAACAAUGAAGUUAGAAAUCGUUCGGAAAAUGGUUUUAAAUUACAAGUUACUAUGAUUAAUGGUACUAUCAUGAGUAGUCUUGCUGUUACUGAUGAACCAGUGAAUGGAACUGUUGUUCACUGUAGAGGAUUUAACACUAUGCAAGUUGCUAGCUUACGCAUUAAUGUAACAGGCCGACCAAUAAUACCAGUUAAUAAUACUACAUAUACAUGGAAUGUACCAGCUCAAGUUGUUAAUAUUAGUUGGUAUCAGAUAUCAACUGAUAGUAUUACAAUAUCGUGGAAUAACAAUGAAAAUUCUGAUGUACUAGUUCUUCCUACUCAGUAUUACAUUAUUAAUGUGUACACUACAUCAAACAGUAUCAUAUACACUAAUAAUACUAAUAAUACUAACAUUACUAUUACUGGACUACCUCUUACUGAUAUUAGCUACACUGUCACUAUCAUACCAGUUAAUGUUAUUGGAUAUGGACCAUCAGCCACUGUUAAUGUCAGUACAACUGCCAGCAGCUUAUUGAUAUCUUCAAGUUGUACUACUGAGUAUAUCACAAUACAAGAUAAGAGUUUAGCUGUGACAACAAUCACUGUAACUGAAUCAAUCAAUGAUUGUAGUAUUGACAGUUAUUCUUCAUGCAUUACCACAACAAUGUCACAAUCAACAGAUGUAGGAUCCAUUAGUGUUGCUAUUGCUGUACCUAUCACUGGUCUAUUAGCUGGACUCAUUACUGCAAUAAUUACUAGUAUCAUUGUAUGUUUAGUAAUGAAAAAGGGAGGGACUACAAUACAAAAUAAAACUCCAGUAGGAGGAGGAGGAGAAGCAGCAGUUAUUGGUCCAAUAUAUGAUUUACCAACAAUCAAUACUGAACAACAAGAACAAAUCAUUGAUACUGAACUUAACACUGCAUAUGGACAAAUAAACAUGUAGAUUUUUUGCUGCAGUAGUUUAAAAAUAUUUAAAGCAUUUGUACUAGACAUUAAAAAGUUCAUGUAAAAGCUCACACUAUACAAACAACAAACUUAAUAAAAUAUGAUUGUAGAGAAAGAAAGUGAGAGAGAAAUUACAAUUAAACUAAACUCUAAAAAUAACUAGUCAUAAAGAAUCCUCCAAAUCUUCUAAUUCCUUCCUCAAUUUACUUCCAUCAGCUGUAUCAAGACUCGAGACUGUUUCUAUAUCAAUAUAAUUAGUAGAGACAGUAUUUGAAUCACGGCAACUUUCACUAUUAUAAGAAUCACUGAGCAUUUUCAAUUCAGCUGAGUCCCUCAUCUGUGGUAAUUUUCUGCAGAGUUUCUUUCUAGCCAGACCAAUUAAAAGGCAGAUAAUGAUAAAGAUGGGAAGGUAGACCAGAAACAAUUGAAUGUAACCUAAUACAAUCAUGGUUUUAUCUUGAGAGUAUGUAUCUGAUUGAACAAACCGUGCUAGUGCCAAAGUAUUGAUUAUACCCAUCAGUAGGAACAGGCAGCUAUCAAUGUUGUUGUGAAGCUUAUUCUUGUACGGCUCGAACUUUAAAUGAAUUGCUAGCAUUAUCAUAAGAACAACUUGAGCAAUGGAAAGCGAAGCCAGUGGUACACUAAUGAGUGAAAAUACACUGACAAAUAUAACACGAUAGAGAAAAUACAAUCCAGCAAAGAAGCGAUAUUUAUCCUCAAAGCAACCUUGAAAGGCAUCGAAAAUUGGCUUCAACAUCUCCACUUUUCUAAACAAAGUUGCUGUCACUUUAUUUCUCUGAGGCAAUACCUUGUAAAAUACAGGAUAAGCAAUAAGACACAAUGGAGUAACAAUGACAAUUGUUAAAAUUCCUAUUAUUGCAGCAAUAGCAAAUGGUAUAUGAACACCAGUGAAGUAUGCUUGACUUCCCAUCUGUUGCACACGCAAUGGGGAUAUUAUGCUGCUCCCUUUAUUUGUUAGGAAACCUAUUUCCAUUAUCUUGAAGCAUAUUUGGGUUGUCUGUGAGUAACAGAGUAUGAGAAAUGUUGUCAGAGCUUUUGUUAGGGUUGUUGGCUUGAAAAAUGGUCUCUUGCAACAGGUAGUCUGCAACCUGUAGAAAUAGUUGGACUUCAUUACAGAUACAAGAGUUAUGACUAAGAGAAAAGCAAAAAUAAGGGAGAA